AUGAAACCAAAUUAUACUGCCGCUCUUUUCAGAAACAAACAUUAUAACCUGUCAAUUAAACACGGUAAAUUAGUAAUAUUCGACCGGAGCCCACAACCCGGUUCCUCUACUGCGCAAUGGGACCGGAACCCGCAACCCGGCCUCUCCUCAGCGCCACCCAGCGGUUCGUCUGAAAGACGAAUACAUUUAUACGCGGGUGAGUUCCGUGGACAAUGGUGCCUGCACCGGGUCUUUAACGAACUCGGCACUCAAGACCAAUGUGUCGAGUUCUCUGAACAGAGAGGACUUGUUCUAACUUCAAAAAACUGCCCUCGCCACAGAAACCCUAUGCACAUUAACAGAUCGGCAGCCUUUGGUGAACUGGGAGCUUUCAGGUGCCACAAGUCCCGAUGCCGUGGAAAAGUAGGGUCUCAUACCAAGGGAACUUGGUUUGAAAAUGCGUUUAUCGCUUACAUUGAUGUAUCAAUUAAAGUUCAGCGCAGGUUAUUCUUACGAUCAAGUGCAAAGGGAGACCUCAUACCAAAAGGAAACUAAUAUCGACUAAGACUAUUGCUGACUGGUACAGUUACUGUUGUGAAACAAUUAUAAUAUAUGAACUUGAACAUCACGAAUAUGAUACUAAAAUUGGAGGACCGAACAAAAUAGUACAAUUAGAUGAAUCGAAAUUUGGAAAAAGGAAAUAUAACAGAG